UGUUUAUUUGGGGAUUCGGGAUUAUUUGUUUUUAUAAACAACUAACAGUAUCAUAUCAGGAGCAGCCAGAGCCAACAGAGUAGUUCUACAUUUUCCCAGGUGACAUGAAUGCAGCAUGCGAUGAUUUACAGUAACAGGUAGGUAGGUGAAUUCCCGAGGAACAGGAAGUUUAUCAUUAGUCUACACCAGGUUAGUCAGUCUGUACCUCUACACGCUGCUUAUCCCUACACGUAAAACCUCUCUCUGUAAACUUUAUUAAUGGCGGGACUUUAUCUCAGGCAGCUUUAGUGUGACAGAGACACAGCGGGGAUGUUUGUCAAUGGAAUUCUGUUGUUGCUGCCGCUGCUUCAGUGUGCGUCACUUUCGUCCGCGGUGACGGUUCUAACAUGGCCGCCACUCAGCUGCCCCCGACAGGAUUUGAAUUGCACUGUCGAUACUAGUAACUGUUUGGACAUUAGCUGGCUGGAUAUGAAUGACUACACUCCCGGCAGUCCAGAUGAGUUGCAGGUGUCAGUGGAAACUAGGCAGGACGAGGCAGGACACCUGCAGCCUGUACUGGCCGCCAACUGGAAGAUAAAGGACGAUGGCAGCAUUCGUUACCUGAAGGCCACAGAGCUUCAGGUCCUGGUGAUGUCCACCAAUCAGAACCUGUGUGUUCGCUAUUCUUUCCAGGGCACACUCCCAAUGAGAAGUCCAUCAGGGGAGAAGUGGUCGUUCUCAGCUAACAUGGUGGUGUUGGAGCCUGGUCAGAGAUACCUGAUCUCUGUAUUCAACAUCCCCAAACCUGAGCUGCUCCACAGCAACUAUGAUGUCAGCAAAGAAGUCAUUGUUCCAGAUUGUCAAGAUUCCUCAAUGCAGAAGACCCAGUUUUGCAUUGAGAGAGGAAGUCAGUGGGAGGCCAACAUCAGUCUGGCUACAAUCCCCACAGUGAAGGGAAGAUUUGUUCUGGCCGUUGGCUUCAGUCCCGACAGCCUGUGUGACGAAUACCUGGUUAUUGUCAGAUGCUCCACUUUGCAUGUGCAGCAUGUAUACGGGAACAAUCACACGACUCUGAAUGUGACAUUCAGCCUCGAUAAAUGGCCAAGAUCCUGCUGCCAGUUUCACGUUGAGAUCAAACCUUUUUUCCCACAAUGUGGCCAGGACUGUGUCCGAAAAAAAGGAACUCUGGAUAUUUGUCGUGCAAAACCUGACCCGCCUCCCACAAAUGUUCUCGUGUACAUAUUUGUCAUCCUGGGAGUGGCACUGAUAUUUACAGUGGCAGUAAAUAUGUGCAUCUUCUGCAGGAAGCAAGGCAAACCGGGUGUUCUUGUAGAACCAAAACCACCACCACAAGUGCAGCAACCUCCACCUCCCAAAGUGUUGGUCAUCUACUCCCAAGACCACUACCUCUACAGGGACAUAGUGCUAAAGCUCUGUGCCUUCCUCCAGGUCAAGUGUGGCGCCAAAGUGCUUGUAGAUUUGCUGGACGCCACCAUGGUCGGCAUGAUGGGUCGCCUACGCUGGCUCGAGUGGCAGCGGCAACAGCUGAAAAACCCCUCCGACAAAGUUCUGGUGCUGUGCUCGCGUGGAGUCCAGGCAAAAUGGAGGGCCUUGUGUGGUCAAGGUCAGGUGACACUGAGGGAGGACCUCCUCUCCCCCACAGACGAUAUGCUCAUCCCAUUCCUCCACCUUUUCCUGCCGGACAUGCACCAGGCGGGCAUGCUUGGCAAGUACAUGGUGGCGUACUUCGAUGACAUCAGCGGCGAUCAGGACAUACCCUCAGUUUUCGACGUCGCUGUCAAAUACAAGCUGAUGAAGCAUUUCGAGGAGCUGUACUUCCGCCUCCUAGACACUGAGAAGUAUCAGCCAGAUCACGUCAAACAUGUCGAGGGCAUCGGCGGGGACGAGUAUUUCAACUGUCCCUCGGGCAGAGCCCUGAAGGACGCCAUUGAAACUUUCCAGGCCUACCAGCUGGAAAAUUGUGACUGGUUUGAGAAGGAGUGUGUGGGUUGUGAGGAGGAGGUCCUGACUGAGGCCGACAGGCUCAUUGAUCCGCUUCCAAUCCCUCCAGUGCUUCAGUGUGUUCCUCUGAUCAGAAACGGCCCUCCCGUCUACGUGCACGAGGUAGAAAUCUCUGAAAAUGACACCAACAUUCACGUCCUCACACCUGAACUGAAUCCACAGCUCUCGCCACCAUCAGUGGCAGAGAUUACGCCAAUCGUAAACCCAGAGUGCAAGCUGCCGUAUCCAUCGAACCGAGCUGAAGGGAGAUCGGAUCACAUGUAUCCUCACAGUCCUGAAUCAGUCCACAUGGUCCAGUCUGUGGUGAACUGUCCUCCUUCACAAAGACCAUACUGGCUUUCUGUGGAGGAAGGACCACUUGGUCAAAUUCCCAAUGAGGAUGAUGAAGAUGAUUCACUGUCGCCCUCAAGUCAAAUUUCAGCUCAUUUGUACCCGAGUAGGUCGGCCCUACCGGACUCUCUUGGCUCAAACCCUCCAGAAUCCUCAUUCACAAACAUGCAGGGUGAAUAUUUGCCUUCAUCCGAGUCCUCCAUCAGCUGCUCUCUGCCUGUAGAGAACGAGGAAGAGGAGGUCCUGGGCCACGGUGGAAAGGGUCCAAACAGUGGAUCAGAUCAGGGCUACAUAUCUAAAAUGUCCUCCCAGCAUGAACCCACCAUCAAAGAGAAUCCACUGGUGGCUCUGGCCAGGCUGCAGGAGGCGCUGUUUCAGCAAAAUCUCAUAGACUCCGACUUAUUAAGUCUUGAAGAAAACUGAUGGUCCAAGACCAAAAUCUCACCCCAGCAAUAUGGACCAAAACUAAUAGAAAAGAAAAAAGAAGGACAAUGGGAUUUAAACAUGGCCAGUUUGUUACAUAUGGCCAGUAAAUUGUGUGGAACAAAAACGUGUUCAUAUAUUUUACAUGUUGACUUUUUAUUGCGGAUGUUGCACUUGGAUUUUGAAGGAAAAUUAUUGGCCUGUACUGAUUCAGCAGCUUUGGAGUCAUUGUGAUGAUUAAAUGUCUUAUUGUGGGGGAGACUGGGGGCUGUCUCCACUCCCCUUACUGUCUGUUAGUGGAAAACCAGCCUAGGAAUUGCUUCACAGCACCACACACACACCAGUUAU